ACUGCAUAGCAUCUCCAUGCAACAAAGCCCUUCUUCAAGUUUUCAAGCUUUUUCAUGUACCUUUCUGCCAACAUUAAUGUCUUCAAGUCAAAUCCUAGGGCUUCGGCCCCUCUCCAACUCUGGUCAUCUCCAUGUAUGUCUAUGCGCAUGUAUCUUAGAAUCUUUCACUCCAUCCAUUUGAUUGGGUUCUUUAUUCUUUAUUAAAAUCAAUCUUUUGCUAAAUUUUCUAGCCCCCACUCUUUUUCUUCCACUUGGAUUUCAAUAAGCUUUUUGCCACUCCCUCAAGUCUUUCUCUGAAUAUAAAUUACUGUAUCUAAGUCACUAGCAUGAGUCAUUCUAUUCAAGAUCUUAGUAGAACCAUUACUCAUACCCAAAUAUCCAUCUCUAUUUCUGUUUCAAACAUCUCAAAGUUCCCAUUGAACCAUCUGCCAUGAAAAACCAGACGAACACAAUUCAUCAGCCAUCCCUGCCUACUUCUGAGUCCUCUUUUCCCACACUAGCCAUUGGUAUUCUAUGCAUCAUGGCCACUGCUUUCUUACUAGUUAGCUACUGCAUCGUUGUGACCAAGUGCUGCUCAAACUGGCACCAAACUAAUCUGCUGAGAUGGUUUUCUACAUUGCGAGCAAGACAUCGUGAAGAUCCCUUUAUAGCUCUCUCUCCAUCGAUUUGGAAUCAUGGGCUUGAUGAAUCGGUCAUUAGUGAAAUCCCAAGGUGUCAAUUCAGAGGAGAAGGUAAGGCCAGAUCAAGUGUCUGCUGCGUGGUUUGUUUGAAUGAGUUUCAAGAAGAGGAUAUGCAAAGAGUUCUUCCCCAAUGCAGUCAUGCAUUUCACCUAGAUUGCAUUGAUAUAUGGCUUCAAAACAAUGCAAACUGUCCUCUUUGCAGAUUAAGCAUUUCUGGCACGAGCCGGUCUGGUAUUGACCGUAUCAUUGCACCAAGCUCUUCACCACAAGACUCUCAGAUCUCGCACAAUAGCUUCAUGAGUAGUGAUGAAGACUUCGUGGUGAUUGAAUUGGGGGGAGAAGAUGAAGUUGCAUUGCUACAAAGGCAACAAGGGAGAAACGAUUCAAUAGAAGUUCCAGUGCAGCCUAAAAACCAUUCACCAAUGAAGUUGGAAAAGAAGCUUGGAAAGUUAAAACCAAGAAAUUUGCAGCAUGUUUCAAUCAUGGGAGAUGAGUGCGUUGAUAUAAGAGAAAAAGAUGAUCGGUUUUCUAUUCAACCCAUCAGAAGAUCUUUCUCAAUGAACUCUGCAUCUGAUCAACAGGUUUACUUAAACGUUCAAGCAAUCAUUCAACAGAAAAGACAUCGCCAUCGUAUUGAGGUUAGUACAAGUGCAGAUUGUGAUGGCAGAAGAAGCCCAAGGAUCCAGAAAAGCAAUUCUUCUUCCUAUUAGUUUUACAUGUAAUGUGAGAAUUCGUUUUCUUUACAUCAAUUUCCGUUUUUUUUUUUUUUUCCCCUUUUCUUUUUGGGAGUGGAGGUGCUUUGAGUUAACAGAAAAAUUCCGUCUUCAUUUUUUUAUCCUUCUGCAUCGUAUUAAUUUGUUCUUGAUCCUCCUGGAGAGAUAACGAUAGCUGUAAUUCCCUUUAAUGGAAGCCAGAGUAGAGGGGCCGCUGGGAAUUAAUGACCAUAACUAAAGCCAUUACACAAGAUUUGUUUUUUUUUUUCUUUAAAGUCUCAAAUAGUUUUGGCAAGACGUUUUCACUGUUCGGUCCCUUCCCGUGUUGGUGUCGGUGGG